AUGGCGUCUCAGUCUCAACCUCAGACUGGAACUCGCCUUCCCCCUCAAAGUGGCCCUUCGAUGCCUACCACAGCCACAAAGCAAGACAUCGAGGCUCUUUUGGCCGGGCCGGUGUUGGAUCAUCUGGCUCCUAUUUCUGGUGGCCGCUGGAAGCUGGUAUCGCAACAAUCCAACAAUAUUGUGGUCGCUUACCGAGUGAACGGCCAUGAAGUCUUCACUACCAAUGUUGAAAUGGGUGCCAAUCCCGAUACGGUCAACGAUACCUGUUGGCAAUUUGUGUACGGCUACCCAUCAGGUAUGCCUCCGCUCCCAGAUAGUGUUCUCCAACAGUGGACUCCACCCGUCACGAAUGUACGCAUCCCGCCUCAAGAUUUUGGGUCCAUGUCCCAGAUUUACAACCAGAUUUUGGACGCCAACGAGAUCAUGGCCACGGGUGCUGCCCCUAGCCGCCAGGGCGACACAUUUCCAGCUCCUGCUGAUGUUCAGCUUCCUGAGGCUGAUGAUUUCUCCAUCUCCAUGCUUGACCAAGCGCAGACUCAGGUACACGAUGACGCGCUUAUAUCGGGCAUAGAGUCGUCCCAGAACACGCAGUCAACUAACAUGGCUGGAUUUGAACCGGAUGACUACACUGCUUUCCAGAACAUGGGCGACUUGGCGCAUGGUGGCCCUAACCCGUUCAUGUUUCCUGAUGGAACUGGCGAUGAGACUGAUGCCAGCCCUCAUUGA